GAUCUCGUACACGACAUUAUUCAUCGUACGAGUUAUCUACAAAAAUAACCGGAUUAUCGGACAUAAUCGAACCCGGACCAAUUGAAUUUUACGGUGAAGGAAUACCGGUGCAGGAACAAACCAAACGUCGAACGUGCUAAAUUUCAUGAAAAACCUUCACCAUGAAACACAAAAGGCAUAAUUCACUUUUGAGGCCCACAACCACUAAACAUGAUGUCCCUGUUCUUUUCCAAGAGCCUCAUGUCGAGACAGGAUUCCGUCAUCCUCAUCAACCAUGGAGUUACUACAUUUGCAGUAUGUUUCAAAAGCACAACGAGUGUAUGAAUGUUUGGACACACCUUAUUGGCUUGUUGUUGACAAUUUCCAGAUCCAUGGAGUUCGCUAAUCAGUAUGACUUAAUAGGAAAUCCACACAUGUGGCCUCUAAGUGCAGGGCUUAUAACAAUGAUUAUGAUGUAUCUGUGCAGUACUUGUGCUCAUUGCUUUUCUAACAAAUCUGAACUAGUCCACUAUACUGGUUUUAUGGUAGAUUAUGCUGGCAUUGGCAUAUUUGGCUUGGGGAGUACCAUCAUACAUUAUGCUUACUGCAUCCAUGACACAAUGCUGAAUUCAGCUCUAAAAAUGUUAUCGGUUCCAGUAGGAGUAAUUUUAGCAGCUUUAGUGUGUAUAUGUUGCAGUGUGUCCAAAGUUUUCUACAAACGUCCAUACCCAUUCACUAGAAAGAUUUGGCAGAUUGGUUCUGUGGGAAGCAUCUACACAUGGCUUUCCCUGCCAAUUCUACACCGUCUGUUUUUGGACAAAGAUGGGGAGGAUGUUAGUCUGUAUCAUCACACAGCUCAGAUGAUUUGGUUUGCCUUGGCAGGAUUCUUUUUUGGAUCUGACAUACCUCAACGAUUCUUUCCAGGAAAAUUUGAUUUUGUUGGGCAUAGCCAUCAGAUUUUCCAUAUCUGUAUCAUACUGGUCACCCAGAAACAGCUUGAUGGUGUCCAUCUGGAUAUUGAGAAAUAUCACCGAACCCCAGCUUUUGUUGAUGAACCAACUUUUAUGGAAACAUUUGGGGCAGUUAUAAUCUUAACAACUGCAUGUUUCCUCAAUGUUUUGAUUUUUUAUAAAAUUGUCAAAUCUAGACUAGCCAAAGAAAGUGUAAAACAAGAGUAGAUAAGAAUAUAGAAUUCAUUUUAACUUAACAGGUUCAAAGUUAAUGUUAAAUCACUAGUUUGAAGGACAAAUUUUAAUUGUUUUUUUGUGGUAUGGACCAAAUUUUACUAUAUGAAUGCAUGACACUUAAACCACAUGCAGAUUUAUUAUCAACUUCAAGAUACCAUAAACAUGUAUUUUUCCCCCAAAAACCAUACGAAAUUGACUUUAUCAAAUCAUUUUAUACAGAAUAUUUUAAUUUAAUUAUGUAGGUAUAUAGACAACAGACAUUAUUUAUUUCUUAGUUUAUAAUGUUGACAUUUUACUACUGCUUAUUUAUAUAUGAAGGGCUUUGAAGGCUUACAUUACAAAGUUUUAUUUGUAAUGAACUGUUCAUAUGUCAUAUAUGAUACCAAAAAAAAACCAUAUUUUAAAGUAUUUGAUAUGUUCAUGUAUGUUGAAUCCUCAACUGUUGAUGGUUUGAUAUUGUGUCUGUUAUCAGUGGUUAAGCAUCCCUGAGUCACAACACACAGGGUUUCCUUUUACAUUAGCUAGUGUUGUUAUGUUACAUGAAGUCAAUCCAUUUACAUUCCUUAUUUCCUUGUUGUGAUUUCACUGUGCUCUAAAGUACUUCAUCAGUCCUCUGACUGUAUCCUGUAUUUGAUAUUGUUACAAUUACUGUACCAGUAUAUUUAGUGAAUUUACAAGAUCUAAACCUUUGCAUAAUAAUGGCACUAACUUUAAAUGAAAGUUGUAUAUUUCAUAGAUAUACAUUAAUUACAUUUGUACUAUAUUGAAAGCAUAAACUUUUCAAAAAGUAUUAGUGGGUAAUUUAGUUUUGUUUGUUUUAUAUGUAUAUUGAAAAUGUAUUUAGUGUCUUGAACACAUAUAUUUUAUUUCAAUAACAUCGAUUCAUGAUUAUAUAUGGACAAUUAUCUUUUGAGUAGAGCAAGUGAUUUAGACACAAUUUCAAGAUUGCCUUACAUAUAUUAAUAGGAAUUGUAUUGUCUUUAGUUCAUAUAUCAAAAGUAUAUCUGACCUGUGAUUUUGUUUAUCUACAAGCUGACUUGUCAAUAAUUUUAUUUAUAAAGAGGUUUUUAAUAGUUUUA